AUGUCUAAACAUAUUGUAGAUCAGGUCAUUGAAAUAUUAAAAAAUGAUGAUGUUUUUUGGAGAAAAUCAAAUUUAUAUAUGUAUUAUGAUCUAUUCGAUAAUGGUAUGGGUUCACCUGGCACAACUACAUUAUGUAAUAACAAAAUAAAAGACCAGAAUUUUCAUAAUCUGUGUUAUGACCUAGAAGGUAUUUUAAAUAAUUGGCACGAUAUUUGUGAAGGAAAAGAAUCAAAUUAUGAUAAGUAUUGUGAAUGUCUAAUCUAUUGGUUAUACGGGAAAAUAAGAACAAUUAAAGCUGAUGCUACAAAUAUAUAUUAUCUAUAUGAAAGUUUGAAUUCUAUUUUGAAAAAUAAACCUUUGAAAAAUAAGAACCAUGCAUGCAAUAAAAUAUAUGAGUCAAAAGUGUAUGAUAUGAGAGUGUUAAAGGAUAAGAGAGAAUUAUAUGAUUUUGUAGAAAUUUAUAAUAUAAUUGAAACUAAAUUGAAAGAAAAUGAUAAAAAUAAGGAGUUAUAUUGCGAGUACGUACAGUACAUUUUUGAAUUAUUUAAAAAAGUUGAAGCGAAAGGGAAAUAUGGGGUAUAUAAUAAUGAAGUUAUGCAUUUUCAGAACAAAUUUCUGAAUAAGGAUGAUACGUUAGAAUCAUUAGAUAAAUUGUGUCCAAACAUGUGUAUAAAAUCCGUUUUCGAUAAAUCGAGUAGAACUUUAUGUCCCUCGAAUAGGGCAGUUGUAGCGCCAGUACAACUAAACACUAAGAGAUGUGAAAGCACCACAACGGAAUAUCCAGAUAAAUCCCAAUCGGGAAUGGAAAAAUACGACAGAAUCUUAAAAAAUUUAGAUGCAGACAAAAUAUAUGAAAAAUUGAACAAUAACAAGGAUAUCAAACAAUACUGUAGUGACUGUAAUGAUGUAUUAGCAUUAGAAGAAACCUACCCAGGGAUUACAGUUUUGUGUAAAAAGUUAGCAAGAAAUUUAAGAACAAAUAUGUCUGAUAUUCAGAAUGAUGUAACUAAUGCCAGAGAUCGCUGUUCAUAUUUUAUCCACUGGACGUAUGGUGAGCUAAAAAAAAUAUUUAAUAUAAAUUCGAGAAAUAUUCACAGCAUACCGGAAGUUUCCAAAGUGCUUGAUGUAGGAACUAAAAUCAACAAUGAGUUAAUGCUAAAAGAUAUUCUUGACAAUUCUGCAUCGAUACAGAAGGUGUUUGAUUCUAAAGCUAAGUCAUCACAAGAAUUUUUUAGAAAAUUUAGAGAAAACCAACAAAAGGCUGAAAGUUCCCACUUGUUAAGCUUAAUAGCAGAAAAAUUAGUGUACAAUAGUGAAAUAUCUAAACAUAAGCCCUGUUUCCAUUACUUUGAUUGUAAAUUAGACGAAUGUAUGGAAAUGAAAAAUUUGCAUGAUUAUUUUAAGAAUUUCGAGAGCAUGAAAGACAAAAUAGCAGGAGCUAAUAACAAUAGGAAAUUGUAUUGCGAGUAUGUCGCUUAUAUAUAUGGGUUGUACGAAAAGCAUGAAAAAGAUUGCUGCACUUGUUACUUCGCUUCAGAUAAGUGUGUUGAAAAUUGUCCACAUUAUUUUAAAUGUGAGAAAAAGUAUAACCCAUACAACUUUUAUUCAGCAUUAAAAUGCGACGAAAUUCUACUUGGGAAAAAGAUCACAAAAAAAGUAGGUAAACCUAAAAAUAUUAAUCACGAAGCUAUAAUGAAAGCUGAAAAUGUUAAUCAGCAUAUUUUAACUGAAAAAGAGAAUGCAGAAAGUGCUGAAUAUGGAGAUUUGCCAUCGGAUUCCUUCCCUUCAUUUGCAUUGUCUGUCUUCACCUUCUUGGGAAUAUUGUUGAUGGUUUUCAUUUUUUACAAAGUAACUACCAAUUUUUAUGCUAAAAAGGGCGUUCUCCUCCGUCAAUUCGUAUGCUAA